GUACCUCUGUCGCAGCCUUUAAUGCGUAGCAAUGGUUUGUAGCAGCUAGGUCGUAGUGUGACUGAUGCAAGCUGUUUGCUCUUAAAUGUUGUUAAACAGUUUAUCAAAACGAUAAUUGCGAGCAUGGCUAAUGGAUACAAGGAAGUUCUUUUUACCCGAGGAGAUGGUCAGAGUGACGAUUCUGACAUCUGGGACGAUACGGCUUUGAUAAAAGCCUACGAUAAAGCGGUGGCAUCGUUUAAGAACGCUUUGAAGGGUGUGGAGAACACUGGCGUAACCAAAGACGACAAACUCGGAAAGAAAAGGAAAAACAACAAAAAGAAUCGAAACAGGAAGAGGAGCAAUGCCCAUCCAGAAAGAGAUUGGCAAAUUGGGGACACAUGUUAUGCAUUUUGGUCAGAAGAUGGUACCUUGUACCCAGCCAGAAUUUCUUCAAUAGACCUUGAGAAGGGGACUUGCAUAGUAAUAUACACUGACUAUGGGAAUGAGGAAGAGCAGAACCUGACAGACCUCCUUUCUGAGAAUUCUGUAGCAAAUAGUGAAGCUCGCAGAGUGACUCAGAAAGAUGUCCAGUCCUCUACUGACGAAAGUGACAGAUCCUCUAGCCAGCCACAGCUCAAUCAACAGCACAAGUCUAAAACACGACCCGGAGCCUCUUCAGGACCUUCAGUGUGGGCUUCAGGCUUCUCUCAUUCCCCAUCUCAAGCACCUGCCUUCAGGAAGGGUGAAACGGGACAUGGCAGUCUGGAUCCUGCAUUUCUAAGCGGACUUCCAUUUAUUCCCUCGGGACCCCCAAUUAUUCCGCCUCCACCCCCAAUAAGUCCAGACACCCUUGAUGAUGAGGCAUUGAGCAGCAUGUUGAUCUCCUGGUAUAUGAGUGGUUACCACACUGGUUAUUAUCUAGGACUGAAACAGGCACAAAAAGAUAUCGCUUCAGGAAAGAGUUCCCAGCACGAAUAAGGCCCUUCUACCCGGUCUUUGAUUCUCGGGCCGGUAUGUAAGGGAAAAGAUGAAGGCAGUGGGGAAAGCCAUUACUUUGAGCUCUACAUUUUUAAAAAUGUUUCUAUGAGAAUACAUCUUGUAUUUUUCUUUUCUUUCCUUUUUUUACAAAAAUGUUAAUAAACUUUCAAUAUCAACAUGAGCAAUUUAAUCGUGUGUAGAAAUGCUGUUCUAGACUCGUGUCGUAUUAUCUACAGGAUGAAGUGUCGGGAAAAGUGUCUGUUGAGCCAGUUAUUCUGAGCAGGCCUGGCUGCAAGCUUGGGCGGCUCAUGGUCUGGGCGAAUGCCACCCAGUGCCUCGCUAUCCAUCUUCUAACCAUUUAUCGUGGGCAGAACUGUGGGGCGGUCUGCACCCUACAUCAGUGCGAACAGGACAGCGGUGCACCCUGGAUGGGAUGCCGGUCUGUUGAAAUAGUAUUUAGAAAUACUAAUUGAUCCUAGUGAUACUUUUUUCAUUUCUAUGGAGAUGUUGAAUGGUUUUUGCUUGUACUAUUUUGCUUUCCAUGAGACAUGCCAACAUGCAUACGGGCGAGAGUAAAUUUUCGGGUCAGAACACAGGGUCUGCCGGCAUCCUUUGCCUUUGAAGCAACUGGAGAUACGUGACAUCAUGGCAGCCUUCUGGUCACAAGCCCCUGAAAAUCUUCCUCUUUCUCCCUACUUAUAGGCGGCCCUGUUCACAGUCGCAUGGAAUUCUCAAUAUAAUUUUGUUUCUAAUUUGUAAUAUUCUGGAAGGGUGCAAUAAUGUGCACAGUAUUGUACAUAAAAUAAGACAUGAAUAAAAUGGAGUAUUUUUCUUUUUGGGUUGGCAUA